AUAACUUUUUAGCAAUUAGGGUUAGUUCUCAUAACCUCAGUUCUCACCGUCACUCACUCAAUUAGGGUUAGCAACCCUCUUUGUCACUUCAGAAAGCUCUUCUCCAAGACCAUAGCCUCGGUUCAGUUCAACCCAGUGCCGCCGUCGAAUCUGCUCCAGUUCUGCGUCUCCUUCAACUCUUCAAGCCGCCUAUGCCUGUCGCUCCUCCUCGGCUCCUCCGCGCAACUCGUCUCUGCCAUUGCAACUCGUCGAAUCGUCUCAUUGCCACUCCUCUGCAGCGCGCUUCUACGAUCUCUUCCGCGUCUCCUUCAAGCCGCCUGUGCCUUCGCUCCUCCUCCGCGCCGCCUCUCAGUCCCAAAUCCUCUGCGCUCCCUCCGGCCUCCAAGUCGCACACUAGACGAGCCACCCCCGUGCCUCCUCUGCAUCAGAAUCGAGCCUCGUCCGCGCCUCUGGUCCCGAAACGCGCCAUCUCCACCAGAUUCUCCCCGCAUAGCAUCGGGCGGGUCGGGGUGGGGCGGGUACCCGCAGGGGCGGGUUCGGGUUCUGUAAUUUACUACCCGCGGGUAGUGAUGGGGCGGGUAGUAUAUGCAUAACAAGACGGCGGGGCGGGGUCGGGUAGGGC